UUAUAGACGGUUUUAUAAAUUACUUUGACACAUUUUCAUAAGAGCUAAUUGCAAAGUAAAAAUAUUUUCAACAGGUAGUAAAAAAUUCAUGAAAAUUUAAAAAUUCCCGCUUUUCAUACAUCAAACGAAUGUAGCGCUUACGAAAAAUGUGCAAAAAUGCCAAGAUGGCAGCGCAAGAGAUUGUUGAAUGUUGAGGCUACUUUUAACGUUUAUUGAUUAAUAAUUUUAAAGACGAUAUUGAGAAAAUUUAUCGUAUGGAACAAUAUAGAUCAUUUUUAGCUGGAUCAUUUGAUAAAUUAUUUGGUUUCUUAAGUAGGCUAAAUCUAUGAGCAAUAGAAGAGUGUGCAAAUUAUACAUAUAUAACGUAUUAUAUAUAGCAUAUCGAAUCCUGGACAUAUAAUUAUCCGAUAAUUUCCUUUUCAGUAAUCAUUAUUCACAUUUACUUUUAUACAAUUUAAUAUUAAAUACAAUGGAUCCUCGAAUACACAGAAGGACAGAGCCGGAAAAGGGACCGGGUGACUUGGUAGUUGAAUGGUUAAAUGAAGCCUCUUUAAGUCCAGGGGAAGAAAUGAAAAUUACCAAUUUAUGCAAAGUCCAAGAAAUAUUAGUAAAUAAAGAACCACAGUUGCUUCCAUUAUACUUAGAUGAAGCGUUACAGUUUUCUUUAGAUAGAAAUGCAGAAGUUAGGAAAACAGUUACAGGUUUUAUAGAAGAAGCUGGAGUGAAACAACCAGAAGUAAUUCCACGUGUAGUUCAGAUACUUCUGAGAUUAGUUUCUGAUGAAUCAUCAGCUGUUGCUAAAAGAGCCCUCAGAGCUAGUGGUAGAAUAUUGAGGGCUGCAUUAAAAUGGAUAGCUAGUGCUAGUACUGUUACACCAGAAAUGGAAGUAGCAUGGAGUCAACUUAGUACUCUUAAAAUUCAAAUUAUUAACAUGAUCGAUAGCGAUAAUGAUGGUAUUAGAACGCAAGCUGUAAAAUUUCUUGAGGGUGUUGUUUUGAUUCAAACAUACCCCGACCCAGAUUCUCCUAAAAAACCAGAUGAUUUCUCCUUAGAGGAUAUUCCAUUAACAUUAAAAAUAGCUAGAAGAAGAAAAUUGGAGGAAGAAGCCAAUGAUGUAAUGGAUUUAUUAAUUAAAUUUCAUGGAUCUCCACAUGUUAGUAGUGUCAAUUUAAUGACAUGCAUGGGAUCUCUGGCAUUAAUUGCUAAAACGAGACCUCAGUUUAUGCCAGGUGUAAUACAAGCUAUACAAAGGUUACAGCAUGAUUUACCACCAACGCUAUCCGAUUCUCAAGUAACUAGUGUACAGAAACAACUGAAAUUAACUCUGUUAGGACUGAUGAAACAUCCUGCUAGCAUAGAAUUUGCCUCUACAAUAGCUAAACAGUUGACACAGUUAGGUGCAAAAGAACAGGAAAUAAUUAAGGCUUAUCCGAAACCGGAAGAUAUUCGACGUAUAAAAAAGCGUCAGCAAGAAGCUGCGGCUGCUUCUGCUGCGAAACGCGUUAAAAUUGAAGCACCUUUGAUACCAGAUGAACCAGAAGUUGUACCCAAUAUAGUAUCCACCCCGAAAUUACCGGAAUUAAUCGAACUUUCUGAAAGUUUUAUUGCCGAAAGAUUAAGCGUGGAAAUUGCUACAGAUUUAGUAAUGGAUAGCAUGGCUUGGGUCCCAGAUACGAUGACGACAAUUUUCCAAAGAGAAUACCAACCUACUUCCACGACCGACAUAAAUGUACAACGGCAGACUAUCGCUAAAUUACUAGCAAUUCAAAUAAAACAAGCUAAAACUAAGAAGAAAAAAGAAGCUAAAGAUGAAGAUGCCGUGAUGGAAGAUUUAGUGAAAAAUCCAACUAUUAGUGUAGCCGAAGCAAAGCGAGAACGGAAGCGUGAAAAAGAUAGGGAAAAAGAAAAGGAAGCAAAGGCUUCUUUGGAAGCUCAUGAAAAAUCUCUUGUAAAAGCAAGAACACGCUUGAAAGCUUUAAAAUUGUCUGAAGUGACGAAACCAUUGUCAAAAGAAGUAAAAGAAAAAAUGUUACUAAUGGCAGUUAAUAGGAUUCUACUUUCUGAAAAAACGGCUGUAUUUGGUGGCGUAGCAGCUGUAAGAUCAAAGAUUUUAACCACUUUAGCUGCAACGUUUAAUCCAUACAUUAAAGAAGCAGUAUUACGUUACAUUACUGACGAUAUGAGAAAUCGUUUGGAUUUAGCCUUAGGAUGGUUAUACGAAGAAUAUGCGUUACUUCAGGGUUUCCAAAGACGAACUACAUUAUGUACAAAGCCCCAAGAAGCACCACACCAAGCUUACAAUUUUCUAUUGUGCACUUUAGUAUCCGCGAUAGACUUAGUCCAAGGAAAAGAUCGCGAUACGUUACUAUGCAGAUUGUACUUGGAAGCUCCUUUAAUUACCGAGGAUGCCGUGGAGGCAUUGAAAAUGGUAUCUUCCGAUGAAACAAGAGGGUUAGCACCUCUACAGUUAUUAAAAGAGAUGGUGGUUCGUAGACCGACGAAACAAUUAGUUUUUCUAAAUGUAUUACUAUGUCAUACCGGUCACGAGAACAAUACGAUAAGGGAAGCUGCAAUAGAAUUAGUUUGCCAACUGUAUAGUCGCCCUGAAUUGAGUAAACUCAUAGAAGAGUAUGCAGUUCUUUAUUUAGGUUUCUUACGACUUCAUACUCCACCGGAAAUAGUGUUUGGGCAAGAUAGAGGUAGACCGCAGGUGGAAACCCAAUGGACUGAGUCUACUACGAGAGCUUGUCUUGGAUUGUAUCUUGCUUUAUUGAGCGAACAUCAAGAUUUAAUUCAUGAAUUAGCGAGAGUUUACACGUCGAUGAGCGCAGACGUAAAACGUAUGGUUCUUCGCUUAGUAGAAGGACCUGUAAGAUCUUUAGGAAUGGGCAGCCCACAGUUAUUGGCGUUAGUUGAAAAUUGUCCUAAAGGAGCCGAAACAUUAGUUACGAGAAUCAUUCAUAUUCUCACAGAAAAAUCUGCGCCAAGCGCGGAAUUAGUAGCAAGGGUACGAGAACUUUAUCAGACCAGAGUUUCGGAUGUUCGAUUUUUAAUACCCGUUCUGAACGGUUUAACGAAAAAAGAAGUCAUAGCUGCCCUUCCAAAACUUAUAAAACUAAAUCCUAUUGUUGUUAAGGAGGUAUUCAACAGACUGUUAGGCACUCAUAAUAAUGAAAGUGGUGUACCUCAUACAUCACCCAUUACACCUGCUGAAUUAUUAAUUGCUUUACAUAAUAUAGAUCCAAGUAAAGCAGAAUUAAAAACAGUCAUAAAAGCUACAUCUCUGUGCUUCGCGGAGAAACAAGUAUACACGCAAGAAACUGUAGCUGUGGUAAUGCAACAUCUUAUGGAGAUGACUCCGCUACCUACCUUGUUAAUGCGAACAGUGAUACAAAGUUUAGCACUGUAUCCAAGGUUAAGCGGAUUCGUUAUGAAUAUACUGCAACGGUUAAUUCUUAAGCAAGUUUGGAAACAGCCGAAAGUUUGGGAGGGUUUCGUGAAGUGCUGUGAACGUACGCAACCACAGAGUUUUGCUGUUAUUUUACAGCUUCCUCCCGCACAAUUAUCAGAAGCAUUAAAAAUGGCUAGCAAUUUACGAGCACCCUUAUUAGCGCACGUCGAAGCUUUUGCUGAAAAUCAGAAAGCACACAUUCCGCAGUCCAUAAUGGAUGUUAUUCAGGGUAAAUCACCUUGUGACAUGCAUGAUGAAUUUGAUAUUUUUCCCCCUAAAUUUCUUUCAGGCACCACCCGGUGAUUAUCCGAUCGAACAAAAACCAGAUACAAUGGAAACUGAUGUUUCAGAACCAGCUCCCCCUGGUUUAGAUUAGCAUAAACUCAUUCCAGUGUUGGGAUCUGAAUCAUCAUCUACCGAUUGUCCCAACUUUAACGAAUUCACAUUGUAAAUCAUAAAUUGUUUUCAACAUUCAUUGAUGAUCUGAAACGUUAGAUCCACGUAUUUUUUAAAGGACACAGAAUAUGUACAUAUUUUUUUUUUUUUUUUAGAAUUUGCUGAAAGUUUAGCUUAUAUUAUGGAUAUGACAAAUUACUCUUUGAUUUAGGUCUUGUAAAUAGUUUUUUCAUACUUGUAAACACACAUACACGUGUUAUUAUAACAGUAAUGUAUAUUUCUAAUCACGUUGUAGUAAUUCUUAAUGUCGACACAUUUGCGUGUCUAUAAAAUACACAAUUAUCUUUUCUACUUUUCAAACAAUUCAAUACGAUUAGUAAUCAGUAACAUUUAUUUAUUAAUAUUUGGCAGUCUUCGUAAAAAAAAAACUAUAUAUAUAUAUAUAUAUAACGUUUUCGAUAAAACAUCAAGGUUCGUUAUAAAUGUACAGUAUCGAGCGAAUUAGACUUUCUUGGAAAAACUACGAAAAUUGAUCCCAAAGUAUAGUUUACUGUAUAUGAAAAAAUAUAUUUAACCAAAUUAAAUCAUCAUAAAAUGUA